AUGUAUAAUAUAAAUGUAGAUAAGCGAACACUUGUAUUGAUAUUUGGAUUGGUAGGAUCAAUUUUGGGAUUUAUAAUUGGAAUUUUAUUUAAUUCAGCUAAUUAUACUAUGGGUUGCUAUAUAUCCAUAACUACUGCUAUAGUAAUUUAUACCAUCGUUGUUUAUAUAUACCAUAAGAAUUCAAGAGAUUUUAUUUUUUCAUAUGGAGUGUCUACAAUAUGGAUGUUUGUAAUAUAUUUAUUGGCCAAUAUUAUAGCAACAAACAUGUAUACAUCUUAUAUUUGUAGAUAUCAUAUGAAUGGUUGCGGUCUAUUUGUUACGUAUUCUAUAUUUGGAUUUAUAUCAACAUUUUGUUUUUUAGCUGCCUCAUAUCUGUCAUUUAAAAUAGCUUAUGCCUGGUAA